AGGGCGCUACCGUAUACCAACAUGUCUCGACGUUAUGAUUCAAGAACCACAAUAUUCUCCCCCGAGGGGAGAUUGUAUCAAGUUGAAUAUGCAAUGGAAGCUAUAGGUCAUGCUGGAAGUUGCCUCGGUAUUUUAGCUGAUGAUGGCGUGAUUCUAGCAGCAGAAAGACGAAAUGUUCAUAAGCUCCUGGAUGAGGGAUUCUUCUCAGACAAAAUCUACAAACUGCACGAUAACAUGGCAUGCAGCGUAGCUGGAAUCACAUCUGAUGCCAAUGUCCUCACGAAUGAACUGAGAUUGAUUGCGCAGAGGUACAAUCUUCAGUAUCAGGAGCCCAUUCCAUGUGAACAGUUGGUUAGCUGGCUAUGUGACAUAAAACAGGCCUACACACAAUAUGGAGGCUUGCGGCCGUUCGGCGUCUCCAUUCUGUACAUGGGGUGGGAUAAGCACUAUGGAUUCCAGCUCUACCAGAGUGACCCGAGUGGCAACUAUGGAGGUUGGAAGGCGACCUGUAUCGGCAACAACUGUGCUGCAGCGGUAUCGAUGCUGAAGCAGGAAUACAAGGCGGGAGAGAUGAAGCUUCAAACAGGUCUGAAGCUAGCCGUCAAAGUUCUCAGCAAAUCCCUGGACAUCACGAAGCUAACUAACGAGAAAAUUGAGCUCGCUACUCUGACGAGGGUCAACGACAAAUGCGUGAUCACGAUACUGUCCGGUGCGGAGGUUCAGAAGCUGAUCGACGAAUACGAGAAGGAAGAGGCGGAGGCGCAGGCCGAGAAAAAGGAAAAAGAGAAGGAGAAGGCAAAAGCUUAGUGGCCUGAGAGCGUCUGUCAUCUCUCACAGCAUUCCGCUGCGGAAGGGUUCGUCGGGUGCACUGCAAGAACUGUCACGCCGCCAAAUCCCGCGUCACCAUCAAUUUGGCGUGCCUGUCCAACCACGACAUCGAGGCGUCGUCCGAGCUGUAUCGAUGCUGUCUACCGAGCUGAUAUAACUAGACGAACCUUUUUUGAGAAAAUCAAGUAGGCGAUUGUCGGAAAUGCGGUGCAAAGGCAACGCGAUGCAUUGUAAGCACGACACAGGUGUAAGCGUGAUGCAGGUGUCCACUUCAGAUAAAACUCGAUUACCUUCCCUUUGUAUGGCAUUGGUUGGCAUACUGUAUACAAUGUCUGUAGAAUAUGAACAGAUUUAAAUUUAUUAAAAACCCUGUAGGUGUGAACUA